AUGCCGCUGCAGUUUCGAAUUCUUCGAAGAGGCGAUCUCGUCGUGGAGGAGGUUCGCCGGAUUCUGCUGAACGAUGAUUCAAGAGCGUCCAUCACUCAUUGUAUCUUCGAUUUUGAUGGACUUCUUGUUGAUACGGAAAGAUGUUACACAUUAGCCAAUCAAACAAUGUUACGGAAAUUUGGGCGCGAGUUUACACCUAAGCUCAAUGAAUAUAUACCAAUGGCAAUAUGCUCGGGAUCUAGAGGUGUGACAUUCGGACCGCGUGAAAAAGCGCAUAAAGAAUGGUUAGAUCUCAUCAAACUAAAGUUCUUUUGCGGUGACGAACCUUCAAUCAAGAGAGGAAAGCCGUAUCCUGAUCCGUACUUGGCCACAAUGAAUAGGUUAGUUUCAGACUCACAAAAGAAUAAAUGUACGUAGAA